AAAAAAAAAAAAGAGUAAGAAACAUGUCUGAAAGAUUGAAUAACACACAGAAGCAGGCAACUUCUAUGAGCCCCUUUCAACACAAUACUGAAACAACAACUUGCUUGUGUAAGACAGAAACUGAGGAAGGAUCAAAAGAUCUGCAGAAGGAAGUAGAAGAAAAAAAACACAAAUUCCGGAUUCAUUUAAAUUCCAAUACAUAUUCUGUCCCGUGUAAUCCAUCCGUGACUGUGAUUGAGGCUCUUCGUACAAACCAAACCUUCAUGGAUGAAAAAGCCAAAUUCAAGAACAAGCAGAAACAAAUAAUCAUCCAGAGAUCCAAAGGAGAAUUCCCUAGAGCUGCUGUGAAGACUGAUUUCCCCUGCUGUCUUGUUGAAAGAGAUGAGAUCUUAGAUAUAACUUUCAUGAAAGAAGAAACAACUUAUAUGGAAAGUCAUUCUAAAUAUUCUACAAAUCAAAAACCUGAAAGUUUAGUCACCUUUUGGGUUAAAAAAGAAGGAGGAACAAACGUGAAAAAGUUGCUGAAGAGCAGUGCUUUGAAGAAGAUUGCUCCCUAUGUUUGUGUGUGGGCAUUUAAAGGAGAGAAAGUCAAAACUGCUCUUAAACGUGAUGGAAGAUUCAACAAUGUCAUCUACAGGAAGACCUGCGGCCUUUCUGAGUUUGGUAGUGAGACAAGAUAUGAAUUGUCAAUUCCUGUUGAUGAUCUCGACAGAAAGGCUUUUCAGGUUGUUGUUAUUAGUAACAAGUAUCAACCAGACAGUCAAGAGACAGUCUACACUGAACACCAGUCAAUCACUUCAGAAGCUGAUAUUGCAGUAAAGGCUGACCCAAUUCAGACACCCACCAAUACAGAGCCAGAACAAAAAACACCAGGAAACACAAAAAAGUCCAGAGAUUCUUCACAGUACAUUCUUAAACGGUUCGCCACUAAUCGCAUUGAUGAUUCUACAGACACUCUGGAUUUUCUGCGUAAUCAGUUUCAAGAUUUACUGAAGACAUUAAAGCACAGAGAGAAACUGAAGAACAACUCUGAUUUCCAGAAGUUCUUCAGAGCAGAAUUUAGUAAAAGUGUUGAGAAUUUCUCUGAGGUGAAGAAAGUGAAGCAGCUCAUGAAAUUUUCAGACUCUGUGUGUCAGAUUAGAAAGGCAGGGUCUGCCUUAGGAACUGGCUUCUUACUCUUUGACGGCUUUAUCCUCACCAAUGCUCAUGUUAUUGGAAUAUCCGCUGAUCUUUCGAAAAUAAACUUUGCAGAGUUCACAGCUGUAUUCGAUUAUGAAGACCUGGACUCAGAAAUCAAGCGCAUCUCAGUUAAAAAGCUCGCAUCUUACUUUUAUGGAAAAGAUGAGAGCGGCUGCCAUCUUGACUAUGCUCUACUUGAACUUGAUGACAAUCCUAAAAUUGAGAUGUUUCCAUUGGUUGAUUGUUACAGUGCAAACCGUCCUCUAAAUAAAAGUCAGAUCUGCAUUGUAGGACAUCCAGGUGAAGGGGUCAAGAAAAUGGACCCCUGCUUCAUCAUUGAGAAAGAGCACCUACUAGAGGCUGCAAAUAAACACUUAUCUGAAAAUGCUGAUUACAUUCAUGUGAUGACACAAAGGGCUUUGGAAGACAAUUGGGAAAUUUACGAGAACCAGAUCGCUUAUGAAUCUUGUUUCUUUCAUGGAUCUUCUGGCUCUCCGGUUUUUGACGCAGACUGCAAACUGAUUGGUGUGCACACUGGUGGAUAUGUCUAUCCAAAACAGGGAAAUAAAUUUGGGAGCAUAGUAGAAUACAGCUUUUCAAUGAAGCCCAUCUUAGACACCAUCAGAGCACAGGCUAAAUUAAAAGGUUUAGUUGAGAUUGUCAAUAAAUUAGCACCCUACAGAGAAAAUGAGUCUGAGACUCCAGAAUACGAGAAUCAAACCAUCAGCGAGAUGGAUGAUUCCAAUUCUCGCGAUGAAUUUAACCAAUUGAGUGCUCCAGACAUUAAAUUUGUGAGUGACUUGUUCUAACUUGUCCCAAGAGAGCAAAACAAUCAACAAUAUUGUACAGUAUGUAGUAAAAUUCUUUAUUCUGUAUUUUUUUACAUUAUCGUGUAUUCUAUCUUUUUUUUACAGACUUGUGUAUUCAUAUCUAUGUCUAAACAUACACAUUUACCAUAAAUCAUUCUCUCAAUUUCAUAUUUUUUUUACUUUACAUUUGUGCUGAUGUUUCAUGUUGAUUUUACAUAGAUUUAUUAUUCAGCGUUGUCCUUAGUAAAGGAUCAUGUUCAUGCUUCUACACAAAUACAGUAUAUUGAUUGAUUUGACAGAACUGCUGUAAUACGAGACAA